CUCACUCUGUCCAGCAGCAGUCGCAGCUCAGGAUUUGACUCCUCUCUCUACACCAUGCGCUUCGGUCAGAUUUCAGCACAAGAACUUUAUCCCAGAAGAGUUCCAAAUGCGCAAACGAUGACGCUCCGCGGCGCGAGCAGCGCGUCUAACUGCAGACUACAGUGCGAGCGCGUCCGCAUGAAGUGUGAGUGAGAAAAAGUGAAGCAGCGGGACAUUUCCUCUCUUAGGUCAACCGAGCAGGUAACUUUCGCCGCGGGUGUGUGGACACAAUGGAUACCUUAAAUGUGUCAGUGACCGCUGUCUCCUCCACUGUGGCUGCUGAGCUCGCCUCCACUGACAAUCCCUUCAAGGCUCCAAUUAGGAACGUGGCGCCGUGGAACUUCACCAUCCUGGCCGUGCUCAUGUUUUUGGUCACCUCGCUGUCUCUGGGCGAGAACUUCCUGGUGAUGUUUGUCACAUACAAGUUCAAACAGCUCAGACAGCCGCUGAACUACAUCAUAGUGAACUUGGCCAUCGCUGACUUUCUCGUGUCCCUCAUUGGUGGAGUAAUAAGUUUCCUGACCAAUUGCAGGGGUUUUUUCUUCUUGGGCAGGUGGGCUUGCGUCCUGGAGGGUUUUGCUGUGACUUAUUUCGGGAUCGUAGCCCUGUGGUCCCUGGCUGUUCUGUCCUUUGAGAGGUUUUUCGUCAUCUGUCGGCCACUGGGGAACAUCCGACUACAGGCGAAGCACGCGAUCCUGGGUCUGAUCUUUGUCUGGACCUUCUCCCUCAUCUGGACCUUCCCUCCAGUACUGGGAUGGAACAGAUACACUAUAAGCAAAAUUGGAACCACCUGUGAGCCUGACUGGUAUUCAACCAACAUGAUAGAUCACAGCUACAUCAUCACUUUCUUUGCCACCUGUUUUAUCUUCCCUCUUGGAGUGAUAUUCUUCUGCUAUGGGAAGCUCCUGCAGAAGCUCAGGAAGGUAUCUCAUGGUCGUCUGGCCACUGCCAGGAAGCCAGAGCGACAGGUGACGCGCAUGGUGGUGGUCAUGGUUGUUGCCUUCAUGGUGGGCUGGACGCCGUACGCAGCCUUCUCCAUACUGGUCACAGCUCAUCCGACCAUUAAACUGGAUCCCAGGCUGGCUUCCAUCCCCGCCUUCUUUGCCAAGACAGCCACUGUCUACAACCCAGUCAUCUACGUCUUCAUGAACAAACAGUUCAGGAAGUGCCUCAUCCACCUAUUCACUGGCAUGGGGACCAUACCAGACAGCAACCUGAACCAGACCUCAGAACGACCUGGAAUUACCGCAGAGAGUCAAACAGGUGAAAUGUCAGCCAUUGCAGCUCGCAUCCCCGUGGGGGGCACUGUGUCGCCCAGGUCCGACGACUCUCCCACUGACUGUGGCUCAUUUGCUCAGCUGCCCAUCCCAGAGAACAAAGUGUGUCCAAUGUAACUGUAACCCUCGUCCCAGUGGUUGUUCUCUAACACAGGAGUCUUAAAUUACCCUCUGUAAUCUCGGUAUAGUGUGUUCCUGAAACCUUGGACAUUUAAGGAAGUGAAGGCCACAAAAAAGAGUCAGCUCUUGAGGUGUUUGCAUAGUGGAUGGUUCUAGCACAUUGUUUUAUAUCUCGCUUGCAAAAGUAAGUAGGGACCGGCACAAAAUGGUGUUAUGCUGAGAAAUCUUGUGGAUAUUUGAUUAAAAAAAGGCACAGGUGUGGGAUCAGGAGGUGGCUGCACUGACAGAACCAACAGAAAUACCAUCCAUAUUUGCUACUCCUCUGUCCUGAUUCUAGAACAUAAUCUUGAAUACUCUCAUGACCAUCUUUACGAACCUCAUGUGUCACAUCAGAGGCACAUGAUUUUAAUUGAUAGCAUCUGUGAUUGAGAGACUGCUUAAAAUGCAAACUUUGACGGGUAAGCUCGUGUAUCUUUCACUUCUCACAAUGCAUCCAGCCUUUCAUCUCAUCUGGGCCCCAUGAUGGCGCCUGCAGAGAAAACAUUAUUUUUCUAUGCUGUUUCAGUACCAUGGCAGGUCAUUCUCAUUCAUCUCCACUCGUCAAGAGGACAGCGCAGUCCUCUGAAUUUGGAUUCCUUCACUUUACUUCAUCCCAUGUAGACUAGUCUGGGUCAAAGCUUUCAUCUCUGGUAAAGAUGGUCAGUGGGAUUCGGAGAUGCCAGUCUCCUGUUAUGUUCUGUGCGAACGGAGGAGAAAAAACAUUCACACUCAAAUAUAUACACAGCAAAGCAGCACAUGGAAACUUUUUUUGUACCACCCAAGAAAAUAUUGAAAA